GCAUAAAUUUGAAUUUGACUUUGUACUGCGUGCUGACCUCGCCUUGUUAGGUUGCAAGGACAGUAAAUAUGCACGUAAAUGGAUGCAUGGGUAGCAAUCUUUCGGAUGUCUUUCCUUCACUUCCUUUCCAAGACUCAAUUAAUAACUCUGCCAUUGGUCCAGUCUUGAAUGUCAACGGACCAAACGUAAACAGCAUCGAUACUAUGUCUCGACUCAAAUUUCUUGGUUUAAAUUUGACGAGUAAUAAUCAGAAUGGAAAUAGUAACACCCUUUGUAAUGAGGAUCGCUCACGCACCAAUUUGAUUAUCAACUACCUUCCUCAGAGCUACGACCAGAACGACCUCCAGCGUCUAUUUGAGCGAGUGGGACCUAUUAGACAGUGUAAGCUUAUCAGAGACAAGAAUACGGGUGCGAGUCUUUGUUAUGGGUUUGUGGAUUUCGUGAAUCCUCAGCAUGCAGCUCUAGCAAUACAAACUUAUCACGGUUACGAGACGGAGCAAAAACGACUGCGUGUAGCAUACGCCAGUUCAGGUGGUCGCCGGUUCACACCAGGACAUCGUCUCCAAACAUUUUCCAAUGGAACUAAUUUCUCAGGAUCAUUAAACUCGGAAGUCACAAAUGAAAAUAUAAUUGGUUGGGAGAUCAUAGUAACUGGGAUACCUGUAGAGUGGACUGAACCGGAUUUACUACGCCUCUUUUCUAAUUUCGGAGCUGUUGUGGUUAUAAGAUUACUAGCUCCUCAAUUUCCCGAUUCACCACCAGGUCAAAAGCCCCGUCUCAGUCCCGCUUUGAAUGGGGCUUCAAGUGAUAUGAGUUCAGAAUCGGCGGAUAACAAGUUCACUUCAAGUGCAUCUGUUAUUUUUCAGGAGAAAAAUAAUGCUGAACUUUCUGUUUUGCGCUUGAAUGGUUAUCAGGCUCCGGAAUGGGCAUCACCGCUCAGAUUAAGAUUAAUUGGUUCAGUAACAAGAGAAACAUAUGGGCUGUUUUACUUUUCUUCACGUCAGUCACCACUCCCGCUUAAUCGUACAACUAACAACAACAGUAACGCCGAUCCUUUGACUGAAUCAAAUAUACUAACAAAUGUGUUGAAUAGACGGACGCUAAACACACUGGGCUGCGCUGUGCAUGGGAAUUCACAAAAUCAGUAUAUGACGGAAACGAAAAACCCAGAAGUCGCUCUAAACGUAGCAGUAGAAUCUAGUGGUUCCGUCCAGUUACCAUCAAAUCCACCGUUCGGCAUCCCUCCUCGACCAAUCAUGCGAAACAAAGUAACUGACCACAACCUAACAUCGAUCUUCAACCGUGACGUCCUCUCACAAACCAGUUCGUUGGAUGUCUUGGAUUUUCUUGACGGUCACCAUAAUUUAAACUCACCAGGUUUGGUUGCUGGGGUUGAUCGCUGUUCAUCCAGAGAGCUCUCAAUAAUUAACACACUAAACUCCCAACGAACUGUUGACAAUGACCAGCCAAAAUUGGAACAAUCUCUCAGAAACUUGACGAACACAACAAGUUAUUCUCCAUGGCUAUUUUCUCAACACAGGUCCGCAAUUAACCCACUUUCGGAGACUGGACGUUCUGGCGAAAUAAACCCGAGUGCUUUGACAGUCGGAUUAUUCAGGCGUUUGUCUGUUAAAAGUCCUUUGAUACCAAGUCCUGUGUUGUCGAGUUUAUUAACACAACGGGGCUGUCAGAUAAAUAUAUGGCUCAAACUGGAAAAUAUUCAACCCACUGGAUCAUUCAAAAUUCGUGGUGUUGAAAAUGUGGUUCGCAAGUGGGCAGCCGCGGGAGUUAGUCAUAUUGUCUGUCCAACUACUGGGAAUGCAGGCAUAGCCGCAUCUUUCGCAGCUCACACUUACAGAAUAAACUGUACAUUGGUAGUCCCUGAGGCUUUUGAGCAAAUUGUUAGACGUCGCCUAUCAUUAGAGGCUCAGGAAGCCAAGAUCGUUAUAGGUGGUACCAGUUUUUUGGAGGCUCAUCACCGCGCUGAACAAUUAGUAAACGACCUACAAUCCGGGCACAAUGACCACGCUGUCCGCCUUCUUCAUCCUUAUGAUCAGCCUGAACUAUGGGAAGGAUACGAAACUAUUGUUGACGAGAUCACUCCAGAGAUCGGUCAACCAGAUGCUAUAGUUGUCGCCGUUGGUGGUGGAGGAUUGCUUGCAGGUGUCAUACAAGUGAGUAUCGUCACACUUUGAGAUUUUUUUCACCUAGAAUCUAUCGUAUUCCUUGUACAAGUUAAUACACCGAGGACUAGCGAUACUACGUAAAUCAAAGUGAAUAUAGGGGACCACUGACUAAACCAAAUCAUUUAUCUACUUUUACGAAAAUGUUUGUACUUUAUGUGUAACAAUUUUCAUAUUAUUGUUACUCCCACAAUGUGAACCCAGUUCUACGUGUUGAUACAACAAAAAUCCAUAUACUCAGGCUUCACAUUUAUAGCCAGUACAUGCAACAAUUAAUUACAAAAUCCACGUACGUUAAACAACUAAAAAUAUUGUCUUAAUAUACCUUUAAGGUGAUAACUUUUUAUAAACCAUUUAUUCCAUAAAUAAGUUUUUUCCUUGGCUUAUUCUCCGAAGAAUUACAUCAGGUAUUUUUACAUGUUUAGGGUCUGUGGAACAAAGGGUGGUCUUCAACCCAUAUCGUAACUGUGGAGACAGAGGGAGCCGAUUGCUUAAAUCGUUCAUUGAAAUCUGGCCAGUUAGCAGUUAUCCCACGAAGCUCAACGAUUGCAACUUCUCUCAGCGCCCCAGUGUUGGCACAGCGUGCUUGGAGUUUGGCUCAAUGCCAUUCGAUUAGUGCAGUGACCUGUACUGACGGAGAGGCAGUUGAUGGAGUGAAACGUUUUUUGGGUAAGAUCUUGUUUCAAUAGCUUCACAAAUUAUUUCUGUACCCGUUCCGAACUUUUUAUAUUGACGAUGACCUUAUUCCUUUCGAUGAUAGAGUUAUCACUUUGAAGUCUACCUGUUAGCCAAACAAACUAGGUCUAAAAGUAGACUUGAGUAGCCAAGUAUUUCAACCGUCUGUUGGCGUCGGAAAUGUACACUUUAACAAAUUUCGUUUAAGAGCAUUGAUCGUCUUAGCCAUACGCUCCACAAGACUGACAUAUUUCAACUAUGUUGGGCGGUCAGCUACAAUAUAGUACCAGAUACAUAUAUGCAUCGGUCCAAGUUGCCAUAUCUCAUUAGCACAAUGAGACAAAUGUCAAACUCAUAGCAAUUGCUUCAGUAGUAGUAAUAUAUAAAAAGAAAGAUUACAUGUAAGAACAUGAUACAGGGUUUAACUAUGUCAAUUAAGAUCAAUUUGGAACUAACAGUAUCUCGCAAGUAACAAAUCCGAGUUAGUUGCGUAAGUUCCUAGUUGACCACAUUCAAAUGGACAUUAUCAUUGUUGUCUUCCAUAACGAUUAGCGUAAAUCGAUAGUUCUCAUUGCUUACUCUAAACUUAGUUUCAAGCCUUCGGAAUUUUCCUCUAUCAAGAUUCUGCCCUGUCCUACCUCACUAACAUAAAAGUUUUCUGUACAUUUCAGAUGAUCAUGGAAUGCUUGUUGAUCCAGCUUGCGGAGCAGCACUUUCGACCGUAUAUUCAGGUUACCUGUCACGUUUACAAAUCGAGGGUCGACUACCUCGUCCCUCCAAUGUUCUCAUAGUUAUCGGCGGUGGACGGAAUGUCUCUUUUCGUCAGUUGAUUGACUGGGAAAACCAAAUGUCUUCAUUCGCUCCAGAACAAAUUGCUGCUUCUGUCUUACCACCUUUGUCAAGUUCUUACAUGUCUCAUUUGUCGCCUCGUUCGACAUGCCAAGAAAUACCUAAAUCUUCAGCAAUGACUCACUAUACAUCAGGGGCCGAACACGAGGAAGGCAGAGUUGGAACUCCAACACCAAACACACCGCGGUCUGUAUGUGCUAUUUUGAGCAGAACUGCAGUCUCUAGGCCUGAUGCUGCUGACCACCAAAUGUCAGUUUGCAAUGGACUAGAGGUCGAAAAUAAUUCUGAAUGCGCUGGUUCUUUAAAUCCACACGAUCUAAUGAAUUUCUCCAAACUCUUGGCCUCAUCUGAGGUCGAAGGUGAAGAAGAUGGGCUACGUGAAUAACAACCUUCAGAUUAAUUAACGUUAACCAUGUUUUAUUUUUACUUCUAUAUUUUGACUAUAAACAGUUUUAUAUGUUUUUCUGUUUUUUAGGCUUAGGUUAUCCUGAAUACCAUAUACUUAUUAUUAUUUUUGACUGCUUUUGUUUGUUUGGAUUUUUCUUAUUGAAGUUUCUAGACAGCUGUAACACGGACAUGCAUUGAUCACUCUUGACUUAUCAUUUGUUUAUUGGGUUUCAUAUUUCCUUCCUCAUAUGUUUAUUAUAGUCCUUGGAUGCUGAUCCGCUUAUUUGUUUAUUUUAGUCUUUAUUAUCUUCUAGAUAUUUGUUUUGUUUACUCUUCAUUAGUUUAUAAUUUGUUUCGUCAUUUUGUCUUCAUUCCCACUUAUAUAAAUCUGUUUCACGUGCUGUUAUGGCGUGAUAUUCGAGCACUAUAACACCCAAACGAGGAGGGAAAUGCGAAAUCUAAUUAAUCAAGAAUGAUCAAUGCAUGUCAGCCGUGCGAAUUUGUUAGCACAUCUAUUUACCAGUGAUUGAAUUCUCUUGAUGAAUAACAUGUCUCCCUACCUCACUUCAUCUAUUUUAACUUUCAUCUUUCUCUGUAAACGGCCUAUUUUUUCAUUAAAUGAGCAUCAUUUCAUAUUAAUUAACCAUUCCGUUCCUCUAGUUUAUUUUCGCAAAUUGAUUUAGUUAAUUUGUGUGUAACACCUUUCAGCAAGGUGGACACAGUCGCAUUUGUUUUGUUUUUAUCUUAUGUUACUUAUCUUUAUCGUACUACACAAUUAUUUCGCACUUGUGCCUUUCUUUUUAUAGUCAUUGAGUGUUUUUAUUAUUUCUGGCAAGCAGCAUUACUUUCUAAUCUGAUAGAGUACAAGAUUUUGGAUUUAUUUACUCUAUUGUAUUUCGUUUUCAAUAAUGGAAACAAUUAUGUAUGUUUUUGCUUGUUGGUUUUUUGUAGUCUUUUUUUAUUACCAUUUACUUAUAAUGUGUAUCAUCUACAUUACUUUGCAUUGUUUUUUAAUUUUCAUUGCAUAAAUUUGUGUGUUGC